AUGGCCACAGCUGCUGCGCAGCAGUCGCCUGUGCCCUCGCCGACGACAGUUCAUCCUGCUCAAGCCAGCGGCGAAUUCAGAGGCAUUCCCAAUGGCGUUAAUGGACAUGGCGCGCGUGAAGGAUCCGGAGUCUCUCCACUUUCCCAACCACCACCGCCGCCGCCUCCGGCCCCGAUGCCUGGGCCCGCACCUCCGGCAUAUUUGCAAGCAUCACCGGACCUCGCCCAACAGCCCCAGGCUCCUCCCCAACAUCAACCACAGCCUGCCCUGUUGAACAGGCAGCCGUCCAUGCACCAAGGCAAAGUAGCUAUAGUAGAGCCGCCCGGAGCGGGUGCACAUCGGACUUCCAGCUUCUCCCAAAGCUUCGGGUCGCCAACCCGGGACCACCAACGCGAACUUCCCAAAUUCAAUGAAGACGUUUCCAGACUCACAUUUGCGGUGCAGCAAUCCGUGCCCGAGGCUGUUCGACGUGUCGUCCGGGACAACUGGGAGAAAUCAUUGUUAGGCACAGAAUUCCACCAAGCCUUUGUGAUGAACGCUGUUAUUCAUCACGCCAACGGUCUCAUCAUUCGUCGCGCAAUUCGAGAUUUCGGCCGCAAGAUGGUAUCAGAAUCAAAGCAGGAGUUGAUAGGGCACUUCAUGGCAGAGGAUCUCGAUGAUGUAGCCGACAGGAUCUUGGACAAGGCGAGUGAUCACUUCCUUGACAAGGCGCUCGACCGGCGCCUGGCUACCAUCGACGCACGCUCGCUGAUCAACGCGCUGGCGCGAGCUGAGCGUCUCGGAUAUGAGAAUGACGAUGUGGUGGAUAUGCGACCUGGCCCUCCUGCCGGAACAGAGCCCUUCCCCCCUUCAUUGAUGCCGGAAACGCAAGGUCAAGGCCAAUACCAUCAUGUGAAUCAAGCUCCAAGGCCGACGCCGGACGUGAUACACCGGAGCCCAAUCGCUCAAAAUCAACCUCAGGCUCGGGCACAAGCACCACCUUAUCAGUCGACACAACCCCUGCAGUGUACUCAGUGUUGGCGGAAAUUCCUGUCGGUGACGCCAUAUGAAUAUCACGUCAAGAAACAGCUGUGUACAAAGGCUCCACCAAGUCAGGCAGGGUUUCCCUUCUCCUGCGAGCACUGCGGUGCCGGGUUCGUCACCAAUGUUGGCCAACAAUACCAUCACGCCAACAAGGUAUGCGGAGAUCAUGGAACUGCCCCUGCAACUCCAAGGGGUAUGCCCACGACUCCCUCGCCCGCCCUUGAAUCAAGCGCCAAUAGUCCCGCUGCACCUCCGCCAGGCCCUUCACAAACCCCACAGGGUCCGACAGUAAGCGCCUGGCGAGCUGCGAACUACGCGCCUUCGCCAUCGGCUGCUCAGACGCCGCAAUAUGAAUACACGCCGUCAAGCGCUUCCAGAGGAGGACCGCCGCCAUCUACCCCCUCGGGUGCUGACCCGUAUGCUCACCUAACGCCCCAGACAAGGGAGCGGAUGGACGAGGAUCUUCGCCGAGCGGAGGAAACAUAUGCGCCUCGCUUCAGGGAGGCGGAAGCCAUUCAAGACCCCAACGAGCGCAAGCUGAAGAUCGAAGCCGUGCAGAACAGUUUCAGCACCAAGCAAAGCAUCAUCCGCAAGAAGUAUGGUGUCCGCCUGCGACAACGCCGUACGAGGGCGGAAAUCGAGGCCGAGCGCAUGCGUAUGCAUGGCAGGACCGACACCCCCGCUAGUAAGCGCCAGCGAACGGAUGAUGGGCAUGGUGGCACCCCAACAUAUAUUAGCAGCACCCAGCAACCUCCCAGCUCCAUGCCAGUUGCGCCCGAACCUUCGCCGAGCAAGCAUCUGUCGGUAGCGGAGAUGAACUCGUCGGGCCUGGGAGGGGCCAGUGCCACAGCAGCCAUGAUGGAUCCCACGGUGCCGGGCUCGCAGCAGGCUUCUCCGCCACCCAGUCAAGGUCGAAGCCUCUCUUCGAUGCAGAGAAAUGGAUACCGCAUCAGCACCCAUACGCCGCGGCAGUCUGUCUCGGUACAACAGUCACCGCAACCUCACGAGGUUGAACCCGUGUCGGCUGGAUCGAGAUCAAGUGCCACGGUUGAGCCGCCGCCAGUACCGGAGCCCAGCGGUCCCACAGCGGCGCCUAUUGUUGUGGACGACGACAGCCCAUCGUCGGACUCGGACCCGGAUGAGGAGAUUCCGGCCACUGUGCCGCCCAACCGACGAGCGAGCUGA